CCAACCAAUGCCAAAAGUUAAACUAAACUAAAAAUCUAUUUUGUUUCCAAUUUGAAGAUAACCUUCAAGUGAUUUUGUCAAUUGAUAACAAUAACAAGUGUUUAUUAUCAGCUUUUAUUUUGUAUUGCUAGAAAAAUCAGCAACGUGCCCUACAAGCAACUAUAAAUAUGAGUUCUUUGAGUAGAUCCAUUACAUUAUUUACCUACGUACCAAAGAAUGCAAGAUUGAUCUGCACAACAAGUGUACGACCGAAUGCUGACGACGGGUGGCUCUCAAAAUUACUCGUUCGAAAGAUAGAGCCGACUAAGGAAUCCCACAGCCGUAUGCUUAGCGACAAGGAGAUUGUCUACGCACUGCACACGCAUAACAUAAGACCGGAUUCUGUGGACAAAUAUUUGAAAAACUAUAAGAAUUCAGUGGAGUUUGUGCACUCUCAGAAAGCAGAACUAGGAUGUGAACUUGUAGGAUCAUGGACAGUGUCUGUAGGAGAUAUGGACCAGGCUUUGCACCUCUGGCGCUAUGUAGGUGGAUUCGAGAAGAUUGAUAAGGCCAAAGUUAUGUUCAGGGAAAACCCAGACUACCAUGCACUAGAAGUAGAACGCGGCGGGCUCGUACGUUCGCGACAUCUUCAGUACCUCCUCGCCUUCAGCUUCUGGCCCAAUGGAGAACCCCGGUCUCCUCACAACAUCUAUGAGAUUAGGUCCUAUAGUCUGAAACCUGGCACGAUGAUUGAGUGGGGCAACAAUUGGGCGCGCGGAUUAACGUACAGAAGAGCACAAAACGAGGCUUUCGCUGGAUACUUCUCGCAGAUUGGUCGGCUGUAUAAUGUGCAUCACAUCUGGUGCUACAAGAACCUCCAAGCUCGCCGUGAGACCCGUGAGAGCACGUGGCGUAACCCCGGCUGGGACGAGUGCGUGGCCUACACAGUGCCGCUCAUCCGCGAGAUGCACUGCCGCAUCCUUGAGCCGACUGAAUUCUCGCCCACUCAGUAAACACGCAAUGGAUUAAUCACUUUGAAGCUUUGCGGUAAUACAACAACCAAACUUUUAUAAAUUUACCCUAUAUUUGCAUUUAUAUCAUCGGAUAUUGUAUAUCCCUAAGGGGAAAUGCAAUAAAGACACACCAGCCCCCGUAACGUGACACAUGCGAAGCCGUUUUUAUCGCGCGAAUAACUAUUGUUGCCCCGUUUUACGUCAUAAUAAAAAGCAAAACAGCGAUAGUUUUUCGCGCGAUAAAAACGUCGUGCGUGCCAUGCUGCGGGGGCAGAAUGAUCAUUAAAAAAACUACAUAUUACGGCAAGGAUUUGAAGAGGUAGGUGUAAUUAGGUUGUAAAACUUAAUGUACAGGACAUUGUAUGAGUACUUCAUAGAAAAGUUGAGGCGGUUUAUUUCAGGGCCUUUGCUUUCCUGAAAUAAACCGCCUCAACUUUUCUAUGACGCAUGAAUGAUUCGAUAUAGUGUCUAGUUACACCUAACGUACACUUAUCUAAACUUCUGAUGAUAAGUUAUCAAUCCAAAUAUAUUAUGAUGCAAUUAAUAACAAACAUCGAUUUAUAAACAUUAAUUUUCUCAGCAAAGCAGGAAAUCAAUAUACAUAACUUGCAAGUUCCUAUUUCGAACUGCAACGUAAUAUAAGAUAAAUAUUUUAUUUUGAGCAAUGCAUUUGUAUUUGUUCAGUAAGCUAAGUGAAAGAUUAAUAAUUUUAUUUAAACGUGUUAAAAGAGGCCACAUUUAAAUCAAGUAGAAAAUACUAAAUCAUAUUUUUGUGAACAUUCUCAAAAAAAAAGGGACGAAAUAUUUUUUUUUCUAGUCAGAAUUUUGAAGUGGAAACCUAAAUUUUCGCAAUUUUAGUAAAGGAACUCUUUGGAACAAGCCAUGGAAGCGGACUUUAGCUAUGUUGUACGUGGUUUGUAGUGGCCUGUUUUAUUGCGAGCUAAACUGUUAUGAACUUAUGUUAUAAAAUGUAAAUAAAAUUUUCAAUUUAAUACCAAUGCAGUGGUAAUAAUACUGAUAUAGUAUCGAUUAAAACUUAAUGUGACCGUGGGUUGUAAAUCAGUAAAAACUAAAGGCAAUCAUGUUAAAAUGUAUAUAUAAUAGCGUCUUCGUACGAGGCGGGACAGCGUUUUGUAUAAUUUGUAAUAAAUAAAACCUUGUAUAGAAAUGCACAAAUUUAAAAAACAUGCCUUGUACACACAUUGUAUCUUCCCACUUUUAGUAAAUAAGCAAAAACUCAGCUACAUAAUUUUUAUUACAAAUGUAUUUUUUUUUUGUAAAGCAAGCAUUUAAGCAUGAAAAGUUUUAUCAAUCACUUGUUUCAAAAUAGAAUAAGGUCUACUGUAAUGUAUUUGUUAUCUUUUUUGUUUUAUAUUUUAUGUUGAAUAAGGAAAUAUCCAACAAUUUUUAAUAGUUCAAGAA